AUGGGGACAGUUGGUGUGACCUUUGAGGAUGUCGCCCUGUACUUCUCUGGGACAGAAUGGCAGCUUCUUGACGAGGCUCAGAGAGGCCUAUACCUCGAUGUGAUGCUGGAGAAUUUUGCUCUCCUAUCCUCACUAGGUUGCUGCUGUGGAACACGGGAUCUGGAGGCAUCCCUUGAACAGAACGUGUCUGUAAGAGUGUCACAGGCAAAGAAGACUAAAAUACCUUUGUCUUCCCAGAACAGCCACCCUUGUGAGAGUUGUGGUCUGGUCUUAAGGGACAUUUUCCACUUGGUUGAGCAAGAGGGAACACAAAACAGCCCGAAACUGUUGAGGUGCGGUGCGUGUGCAAAACCAUUUUAUUUCAGUGCAAAGUGUCACCAGGACCGUGAGCAGCACAGGAGAGGCGAGCGUUUGAUAAGAGGUUUGGACGGGGCCUCACCUGCGAGGAGCUGCACAUACAGUAUGUCCCAGACACUCGUUACCAGUAAGAAGGUUGGACACAGCAUCCCUACUGCCUCGGAGCAACUUCAGCCACAGGCUACUCAUACCACAGUCAAACCAAGUGAAAGCUCGAAGGCCGGGGUUAUAUGUCAGAACAGAAAGAAUUACCAUACCAAGAAGGAAUGUAAAAAAGUGAUUGGCUGCAAUGACACUCUUGUUCCAGACCAUGCUGGCCAUGCGGGAAGGCAGUGUCUUGUGGGCCCUGAAAGUAAAAAAGGUCUUAGAGGAAUCUCUGGUUUUCGUUAUCAGAACGUUCACUCGUUGGAAAAGUCGUACGAGUGCCGUGAAUGUGGGAAGUCCUUUAGAAGAAAGGAUAACCUGAAUGAACACGAGAGGAUUCACACUGGAGAAAAGCCUUAUGAGUGUGGAGAAUGCGGGCUGUCCUUCAGCCAGAAGUGGAGCCUGAAUCAACACCAAAGGAGUCACACUGGAGAAAAGCCGUAUGAGUGCCGUGAAUGUGGGAAAUCUUUUACCUAUUGCUCUGGACUCCGCGGUCAUCGGUCUGUUCACACUGGAGCAAGGCCGUAUGAAUGUAGCGAAUGUGGGAAAUGUUUUACCACAAAAUCCUACCUUCACGUUCAUCAGAGAAUUCACUCUGGUGAAAAGCGUUACAAGUGCAGUGAGUGUGGGAAAUCUUUUACCUAUUGCUCUGGACUCCGCGGUCAUCAGUCUGUUCAUACUGGAGCCAGGCCGUAUGAGUGUAGUGAAUGUGGGAAAUGUUUUACCACAAAAUCCUACCUUCACGUUCAUCAGAGAAUUCACUCGGGUGAAAGGCGUUAUGAGUGCAUAAGCUAA